AAACCGUUGGCGAUACGGCGACGGGCCGCGUGAAGGACUACAACUCCCAAUGGGGGGAGAAAAACAGCACACAUGCGCCGUCGAGUUCGCAAAGGCUUUUAAAUUUGCGUGCAAAAUGGCCGCUCAGGUCGACCUGGUGCGCGUGAAAGUGGAGGAAAAGCCAGUGGAGAGCGCGAGCAGAGAGAAGAAGAAGAAGAAGAAACGCGAGUACUCGCCGUACGCGGACAAACACCCGAGGCCGGAGAAGGAGGCGAAAAAAAUGAAGCUACAUCACCACGAACACCAACAUGCCCAACAACAGCGAGUACCUCAGCAGCAGCAGCAGCAGCAGAAGAAGAAACCGACUUCUCACGGGAUAAACUUCAGCAGUAAAGAGCUCGCGCCUGUGCAGCAGCGCAACCAUCACAACCACCACCACGGAGCCGUGAAGAAGGACGCGGCGGUCUGGGCGCCUCAGAAGGCGACACCGCUUCCUCACAAACCCGCUCCCGCUCCACUCUUCACUUUCACUCCGCUGAAAGUAGCGAAGGCCGAGAGCCGCCACAGCUCCAAGCCGCAGAAACAGCCGGAGAAGGACGCGAGGCUCAAACCCAAGAAGGAAAACGCAGAGGUUAACGUGAAAAACGACUCCUGUAAGAAGCAGACAGAGCCCAAUAACGAGAAUGGAAAACCUCAGACUUUGGAGGAGUACCUGCUAAAAAAGAAGAAGAAAAAGAAGAGGCAUCGAGAAGAAGAGCAGCGCAACAAGCGCCUGCGGACGUCUGACAAGGAGAUCCAGACCGAAGACUGCUUUUCGUCCAGCGACGACAAGCCUGUCAUUGCCGACGUCAAAAAGGAAGAUCCGGACUCGCCGUUCAUUUCGCAUCAUGACCACUCCGUUCGCAACUCAUUCCUGAAGACGAGCUCGCGUUUCAGCAAACUUAUACACGAGGAGGUGCAGCCCAACGGCGGGGCGGCCGUCCUGCACGCGUAUGCUGAUGAACUUUCGCUCUUGCCACCCGGAGAUAAAGAAAGGUUUGCGUGCGAGUUCCUCGAGCUGGCUUUUAGUGAGAUUUCCAAGGGAGCAGCGCGCUACGCACUUUCCGUGGUCCACGGCGCUGCUGCCUACCUCCCCGACUUCCUGGACUACUUUGCCUUCAACUUCCCCAACACGCCAGUCAAGAUGGAGAUUCUCGGAAAGAAGGACAUUGAGACCACCACCAUCUCAAAGUUUCACUCCCAGGUGAGUCGGACGUACUGCUCUGGGACGUAUCGAGCCGGGCCCAUGAGACAGAUAAGCCUGGUGGGGGCCGUGGACGAGGAAGUAGGGGACUAUUUCCCGGAGUUCCUGGACAUGCUGGAGGAAUCGCCGUUCUUGAAGAUGACCUUGCCAUGGGGCACCCUGUCUAGUCUGAAGCUGGACUGCCGCUCUCAGAGCGACGACGGUCCCAUCAUGUGGGUUCGACCCGGGGAGCAGAUGGUUCCCACAGCCGAUAUGCCCAAUUCACCGUUUAAGAGGCGCAGGUCGAUGAACGAGAUCAAGAACCUCCACUACCUUCCGAGAACCAGCGAGCCGCGCGAGGUUCUGUUCGAGGACCGGACGAGAGCGCACGCCGAUCACGUGGGCCAAAGUUUCGACUGGCAGAGCACGGCAGCCGUGGGCGUCCUCAAAGCCAUCCAGUUUGGAGAGUGGAGUGACCGGCCGAGGAUAACCAAAGAUGUUGUGUGCUUUCAUGCGGAGGACUUUCACGAGGUUGUGCAGAGGCUUCAGCUCGACCUAUAUGAACCGCCCGUGUCUCAAUGCGUGCAGUGGGUGGACGACGCGAAGUUGAACCAGCUCCGGCGUGAGGGCAUCCGGUACGUGCGCUUGCACCUCUGCGACGACGACAUCUACUUCAUCCCACGCAACGUCAUCCACCAGUUUAAGACGGUGUCAGCUGUGUGCAGCCUGGCGUGGCACAUCCGCCUCCGGCAGUACCAUCCUAAAAAAGAGGGGGAGCAAGGGCAAGAGGAGGUACACAAACCCGGCUCCCCUGGGCCCGACGAGCCGGACAAACCUGUUGACAAGAAGUCGGACACUUUGCGGCCAGAAAGCGCGCCAUCACUUAACACCACUCCUCAGGCUUCCCUCCACCCAGCUCCAGCUCCAGGUGACUUUCUCAGUAGCAGCAGCCUUCACUGACUUUUUCCAGUGACUCUAAUCACUCUCUCCACCUGUUCAUCCAUUUAACAAGAUGGACUGACAUUCCAGGAAAGGAUUUGGGCUGUGACAAAUACAAGACUCUAAAAGUCUGACAAACGUAUAUAUAUAAAUAAAUAUAUAUUUUUUCUUUUUAAAAGAAAAACCUUUUGUUCAAGAAACAACCCCUGUAAGUACUUUUUAAUUUUUUUUUCACUCAGCCAAAGUAUUUAAUUUUAAUAAUUUUUUUUUCACUAAUUCUUUAGCAUUGUUUUAUAUUUGUUUAUAUCUGAAACAGAGCUUCUCUAAAAAGGAAAUCUUCAUUAUUGUCUACCAAACUGUGCAACAUGUGGAUCAAUUGGUUUUCGCGAAUAGGAAAAAAAAAGUGCCUAACAGCGAUCAUGUCUCUGAAGAAGAAGAAAUUGUCCAGUUGAUAUCUGUGGUCAUUCGUUUCAAAUUUAAUUGUAUUUUAGCAACGACGAUGACGAGAGAAUUAGGGUAAGAUUAAGAUAAAUUUUUCUGUUGCAAAGAAGGAUUGAUUCAGAUUAUUAUUUUCAUUUUCUUUUAUGCUGUCUGGAAAGCAAAAUUGUGUCCGAAUGAGUAAUAAAACGUAUUAACUCUUCCCAAAGAGAGAGAGGCUGUUCAAAGCUGCAACAUGAGAUGUUUAACUGACUCAUGUCCCAGCGAUGGCUUCUAUCUCUGGUCUUUUCUUUGACGUAAAUUUCUCAGGGUCCCUUUUCAUUGUUAUUAUUAUUUUUAUAAUUUUUUAAUUAUCUUAAAUUCGACAUUAUGGGUAAAUUUGUUGCAGUGCCACAACUGGAUCAUUUCUAUGGCAGGAAUACAUGUGAACUGCACAAAUCUUUUACUUUUACAACUUUUUUGGAAUUUCUUUUCAGAUGGCGAUCACAAAGAAAAAGAUUGUGGGAAGAAAAAAAACCAAGAUGAAUUCUGUGAGUUUUUUUUUUCUUCUUUUUUUAUGGCAGAGCAAAUUUAAGAUUUUAAUUUAAUUGAUUUCCUAACUUGAGGUGUAUGAAUUAAAAGUCUCUGGUGUGGUGAAUGUGGGUAACCGGGGCUGGACACCUGGGAAAAGCAGAUUUAUUUACAGUGAAACCUCGGAUUGUGAGUAACGCGGUUUGCGAGUGUUCCACAAGUCGAGCAAAGAUUUUUCAUAAAUUUUGACUUGGAAAACAAACAAGUCUUGGUUUACGAGUACCGACUAUCAUGUAUCACGCAUGCGCUUCUUGUUUUGCCACUGAAUGUCACGUGAUCAACUAAGCCAACGGUUUUUCUUUCUCUUGGGCUGCAGAACUGUGGGUAAUCGUCUCCCCUGCUUGGUCUUAGUGCGCUUCUUUUACUGGUAUAAUCAACAUCCGUGCACGCGUAUACUGUUUACUAUAACACUGUGACCACAUGUGUGUGCAUAAAACAUAUUUUAUUUUAUGUGUAUGCGUGUGUGUACAGCAUGCGUGUAAAGCAAAAGCAAGUCUUAUUAGGUUAAAGAGAUCCAUUUUAUCUCUCUGCUCAAGGCUCAGUCUGCUCUUUGUGCCUUUGUGCCACACCUUCGAGGAAGGGUAACUGUGUAAGACGAGGAAGGGGAGAGGGGAGCUUACUUUAGAUUCUCACACACAAACACAGCGCCUGCGAGCACAAACGGAAACACUUCUCUGUCGGGAUUAAUUUUUACUUUUUUUAAAGGUAAAGUGCAGGUUAAUUUUUAUUUUUCCUUUAUAAUUUUGUGUUAAUUAUUUUUAUGUAUUUAUUUUUUUGGGCUGUGGAACGAAUUAUUUGAGUUUUCAUUAUUUCUCAUAAUAAAAUUCGAUUUGGUUUAUGAGUGUUUUGAAAUAUGAGCCCGCUUCCGGAAUGAAUUAUGCUCGUAAUCCAAGGUUCCACUGUAUUAUAUGUGAUGAGUUUCAACAACUAAAAAUUAAACUUUCGUUGGUAAGAAGGCAUUAAAGUUAUUGUGCUUUGCACUGGUGCAAAAGUAUGCAAACUAGUAGGGAAUUACCAGUCGCCACUCGAAAUUAUAUCAUCACAAUACCCAGGUGCUGAUUUGAUUAAAAUAGUGAUUCUAUAAGUAUCAUGAUUUUAUAAAUAUUUCAAUUAGAUAUUGCAUUUUCCCUCUAUUUUGUUACAAUUUUAACCUUAAAAAAAGUUUAAUAAUUAAUUAAAUGUAGCUGAUUCCUUAAAAUAUUUUUCCCACUUAAAAACACAAGCGCAGCAUCUAAACAAUAUAAACUAACUUCAAAUACAAGAGUUUAAGAUUUAACUUGACAAUUUUGUACUAAACAGCAUGUAUCUCUGUCCUUAAUUAUUAUUUCAUAAACAAACUGAGCAAAAAAUUUACUACUAUCACACAGGAUGAAGUCUAGAUUCUGCGAUCAGAUAGUCGGUGCUCUUUUUACACUAAAGUCAUCAUUUACAUAAAAGCCGUGAGGUUUGAUUUGUUUCCACUGAAAUGAUUUUUAUAACUGUAUAGUAAGCCUUUUUAUGUAUUAUUAUUAUUAUUAUUUAAUUUUUUUUUUUUA